UACAAAAGAGCUCCUCCCUAGAAAGGGAGAAUAUUAUGAAUCGAUGUCCAAACAGAGAGAAAGUCCUUCUUAAUCUGAAGUGGUUUGUUAAUCGCUUUAUAAAAUCAUUCGAAUCAAAAUUAAUACAAGCAAUAUCAUAUGCUUCAAACAGUUGUGUUCAAAGCCCUUCUGGGUCUUCAAACAUUUCCUCGCCAACUUUGUCAGCAUCAAAAGUGAGUAUUAAAAAUGAAAAUGCUUCUGGUGAUUUACCAUUUAUUCGACGUUUGCUUGAUCAACAAAUAAAAUGUGGAAACAAACGUUUAAAAAAUGAAAGUUCUUAUUCUUCCCGAGAUAUAAGCAUUCAAAUUGCCGAUCAAAAACAAACAUAUCAUUCACCUUUGAUGAAAAUUCGUUCCCUUACUAACUCACCACUGUUCCGUCGACUGUCUUUCACACUCAACAAUAAUAAACGCCAAUCAUUAUUGUCUCAAGAUGAAAAAAAUGAUUGGGUAAAAAAUCAUUCUGACUUUGAUGAACCAUGUGAGUUCGUAAGACGCAAGCCAAAAAUACCUGAUGUUACCAUUACUAGAAAAUGUUAUUCAAACGCUCAGAGUCCUUCUUGUACACCUUUUGAACAAAAUGUAAUCAACACAUGUAGAGGACCUUUAUUUCGACUUGCUGAACUAACUACUGAAUCACAGAGGUUUUCAAUUCUAUCAGGCUUCGCACAACAACUAUGCAUUAUAUAUGAAUAUCAGCUCGGUAUGUUGAGAAACUUGCCAUCAAUACAUGCUGCGGCGGAUUAUGUGGCUGAUGUGGUAAUAAGAGCUAUCAAAUUAAAGAAGAUUUCAGGGAUAAAUCCUCAAAAUUUAACUCCAUUGAUUCUGUUUGACAGUGAAUGUCGACCAAGUACAUAUAGUAAAACUGUAAAAACUCUUCCCUUAACUGUUACUGGAGAACAAAUGUCGUGGAAGCUGGGAGAAAUAUGGACACUUCCUGGAUUAAGGCAUAAUGAAGUUGGUGGUGAAAACUGUCACAAUCUUAGUAUAGUAACACAUUUCCUUUCUACAGUUACUCCAAGUGGAGAUUACAGUAGAUCUGAUGUAUAUGGCUACAGAAAUUUGAUCUUACUGACUAAUGAGAAAAAUACUGAAACAAUAAAUAAUUCCAACUGUUAUAUUUAUGACACUAAUUUUUCAUCAGCGGCUGAAUCCUUUUCAUUAAAAUCUGAUGUUUGUCAUAAUGAUAAGAUGAAUUCAUAUUUUACUAUUUCUUCUUUCGAUUAUGCUACCAUAUCAAACAGUAAAAUUAAACCUGGAAAUAUUCCUGAUCCACCAUCAUCAGAUGAUUCACUUACUGAUGAAAAUCCUCAGAACACUAAAGGAAAUGAUGACACCAGGAGUUCAUCUCAAAGUAGUCCAGAAAAUAAAAUCAAAGAAUCAUCCAAACGAAUCCAUUCAUCAAGUAGUGUAGUAAUGUUACGGCAGCAUUUACAUCGUGCUUAUAGACCUGUAUUUUUUCUUAUUUACAAUCGUCCUAGUGUUAUUGAACAUUUAACAGAAUGUGAUUCAUUUGCAUCAUUUUGUAAACGUCAAGCUUUAAGUCCUGUAAUGUUUUUAAAUCAACCAACAACACUUUUCGAUAAAAAACCAUAUCCAUGUAUUUAUCAAAAUUUUGAUUUAUUUAAAGUAUCUGUUGCAGGAUAUUUAUCGCCUAAUGAAUGUGAUAUUUCAACAGAUUCAAUAUAUUUAAAUAAUAAUAACAAUACUACUACUAGUAGUAGUAAUAAUAAUAUUAUUAUUAAUAAAAAUGAUACCUUAUCAUCACAUGUCAUACAACAACAACAACAAAUUAAAGAAGGAUAUAAUUAUAGUAAAAGUUUAAUGCAUUUUCCUUAUUUCCCUUCACAUCGAAGUGUAGCAGCGUAUGAUAAUCCUGGAUUUGCCCGGUAACCGGAUAAUAAAUAAAACCAAAUUCACAAAAUCAAUGUAUAAAAACAAAUUCAUGUAUGCAAUUAUUCGUUGUUGUUUUUAUUUUUAUUGUAUAAAAUAACUAGUUCAUUCUUAUUAUUUUGUAUCAUAAUGAUUCUGUAUAAUACAAAGUAUAAUAAUAAUAGUAAGAAGAAGAAGUAAAACCCCAAUAUAAAUAUUCUUAUUUAAAAAGUGAAUAAUCAUUUAUUUUCAUUAUUAUUUACUUAUUGAAUUCUAAAUGAUGCUUUAAACGAAAAAGUGAAUGAAUGGAUGAAUAAAUGAAUAGAGUAAAUUUUAAUGGAAUUUUAUUCUCUAAGGAAUUUUGUGGAGAGUUUAGUAAUUUCAAUAGUUGAAAUCAUGAAUCAUUUGAAGCUAGACCAUCAUGGACAACCUGGAAACACAGUGGACGGCCGUUUCGUUUUAUUAUGGGACUCCUCAGCAGUCCUGGGUUCGAAUCUCGCCGGGGACGGGACCGUGGAUACGCACUGUUGAGAAGUCCUAUACUAAGCCAAAAUGGCCGUUUACUGCUUUCAAAUUUUCCAUGGUGGUCUAACUUUAAUUGACUUAUGACUUCAACUAUUGAAAUAACAAUUGACUUAUUGAAUGUAUAUUUUAAAUGGUUUUAUAGUUCAAUCGAUGUUUAC